AGGUCGUGCUCCACCAGGCCGUACAAACGUAUAUAACCAACCCCUAAUGAAUGAACGAACGAAGCCCGACUGGGAUGGGUGAUGGGAGGGGUGGUUUGGAGCAGGAACACAAGGCGAUGCGAAGAUGUACCGUACAUACCUGGAUACCUGGGUAGGGGAGAGACCGAUGUGGUGACGUGACAAGAAUGGAGCUCGGGUGGGCGUCUAUCUGCUCUAAGCGGCUCGGGCAAUAUAGGGCAGCGCAGGGUGUGAAGGCCAAUGGAACAAGAUCGUAUGGAAAGAAGGAGGACGAGCUCGAGAAGGAGGGAGACGAGCACGAGGAGGAGCACGAGCACGAGGAGGAGCACGAGCACGAGGAGGAGCACGAGCACGAGGAGGAGCACGAGCACGAGCAAAAGCACGUUCACGAGCACGGGCAAAGCUGCGGUGGCGGAAGAGGAGCUGGAGCACUAUGUACCACUCGACUCAGCUUCAGGGUCAUGAUUUCCCAAGCUUCGCAUGCUUCCCAAGCAUCUGCGGCCUCCUACUGGGUGGCGGCUCGAAAUAUCGGGAUAUCGAGUCACACUCGCAAAAGAGGAAAGGAAAUGAAGACGGUGAGCGUGACGAUGAGCAUGAAACCCCCGGACGUCGGCUUCGACAUCUGA